AUGGCAGAUGAUGUGUGUCUCUUGAUAGUCAUAAAGGGUCUUUCAGACACAACACGUAUAAUUUUCCUCGGUUGUCCGCCUAUGGAUGAGGUCAGAAUUCGCAAGACCAGAGGGUACUUUCAUGACUCCAUUGGUCGAACAAAUGAGUUAUGCCGGAUAUAUUCAGAAGCUUGCAUAAAGUUGUGCAAUGAGACGGGAAUAAAAGUUAUUGAUCUUUGGACCGCGUUUCAAAAACAAGAUGAUUGGUUGACUUACUUUACUGAUGGGAUUCAUUUUUCGAGUUCAGGAAGCAAGAUAGUUGUUAAAGAGAUACUAAAGGUGCUUAAUGAAGCCGAAUGGAAACCAAGUCUACACUGGAAAUCUAUGCCCACUGAAUUUUCGGAAGACUCACCUUACUAUUUAGUCUAUUUGGAUGGAAAACCGACACUAAACCUAUCUGAUUGGACCCUUCAUAGAGAAAUCCAAUGGGACGAAAAACAUGAUCGACCUCAUAGCUUUAAACAAGCGCAUUCGACUAUGACUAAGACAAAACUUUAUGUUGCAAUAACUAAGAAUUGUACUUGUGGCCUCUAA